AAUCUAUGAAAAAUUUAAUUUGAUUUAAAAUCUCGUAUGUUUCAGUUUUAAUUAAAACUAUAAUAAUGGUAUUAGUUCAUAUUAAAAACUGUUCAGAUCUCAUUGGGAUGUUUUUAGUUUUCCCAGCAGGUCCGACGCGACUCGGCUGAAACGACAUCUUCACUUCCUGACCAGAAUGCCGCCGACAUCCUUCUGGUACUUCAACACAGAUUUCUUUAGCUUCGUCUGGGUGAGAGACUUCUCUGUUAGCGGAGCCAGGCGCCGAACACCGAACCUGGAAAGCUGACUGCUGCAGGAGCAAGAUGGCCGCCAAGUGACUCAACGCCAUAGGUAACCAGUGUUGCAGAAACCCCAGCUGGUCAGCAUGGAUCCUCCGGAGAAGAGAGGGAAGAGGUGGGACACCGUGGCACCUGCAGCGGACGCCACGGCGCCCGACGGCGGCUACGCCUGGCUCAUCCUGCUCUCCUGCUUCUUCGUCUUCGGCCUGACCUUCGGUGUGAUCAAGUCCUUCGGUGUAUUUUUUGUUGAGAUCCAGCAGUACUUUGAAACCACAGCAGCAGGAACAUCAUGGAUCACCUCCAUCACCGUGGCGACCAUUCACAUGGCAGCCCCGGUCUCCUCCCCUCUGAGUGCGCGCUUCAGCCAUCGCGCUGUGGUAAUCUCGGGCGGCCUCGUCUGCAGCACCGCUGUCGUAUUCGGCGCUUUGGCCCGCAGCCUGACUGAACUCUACAUAACUGUGGGUUUCCUAAACGGUUUCGGCUACGCGCUGACCUGGACCCCCGCCGUCACCAUGCUGGGCAUGUACUUCGACAGGAGGCGCCCGGUCGCUAAUGCCUUAGCUAGCGCUGGAGAAUGCAUCCUGACAUUCAGCCUCACGCCGCUGUUCCAACUGCUGAUCGACAGCUUCUCCUGGAGGGGCGCGCUGCUCAUCCUGGGGGGGCUGCAGCUCAACUUGUGUGUGUGUGGCAUGCUGCUCCGGCCCCUGAGGGCCCCAAGAGAUGCUAAUGUUAUCAGAAAGGUCAAAGAAGAAGAGGAGGGCCUCCAGAAAGGAGACCUGGAGGAAACCAAGCUGGGCUUUCGAUUGGAAAGUGAGCAGAACGUCCUGGAAAUGUCCGAUCAGGAGACGGUGAAAGAUUGUGUGGAAGUUCCUGAUGAGACGUCCAGUGAGACCGGGAACACUUUAACCGGUCCAAAGAGGACCCAACUGAGGACUAGAGUCCAGCACUAUGUCGACUACACGCUCAUCACCAAUGGCCGCUUCAUGGUCUACUCCACGUUCGGCGUGUUUGCGGCGCUCGGGUUCUUCGCGCCGUCGCUCUUCCUGGUUCCGUACGCUCGCAGCCAGGGGUUGAGCGAGUACCAGGCGGCGGCCCUGCUGUCCAUCUCUGCGGUGCUCGACCUCUUCGGCAGAGUCUUCUUCGGCUGGGUGGCGAACCUGAGGCUGAUUCAAACGGUCCAGCAGCUCACCGCCACCGUGGUUCUGCUCGGCACCGUGUUGCUGCUGUGCCCGCUGGCCUCCACCUUCCCUGAGCUGGUGGCGUUCAGCGCCGCCCACGGCCUGGUGUACGGCGCCACGGUGGCCGUCCACCUCACGGUGCUGCCGGAGGUGGUGGGCGUGGAGCGGCUGGGCAGCGCGCUGGGCUUCUUCAUGCUGAUCCGCAGCAGCGGAGGCCUGCUGGGGCCGCCCAUCGCUGGUUUCUUCAUUGACAAGAUGGAGAACUACGGGACGGGCUUCCUCAUGUCUGGAGUGGCCCUCAUCGUCUCUGCUCUGUUCCUCCUAAUUCUGCACCAGAUGAACCGGCGGAGUCAGGAAACGGCCAACGAUGCUGCACUCACAGAGAAAAAGAGCUGGAAAAAGUGUUUCUGUUAGAGGGAAAGAGCCAGACAUGAAGAACUCUGACUGCGGUUCCUGUUCGGCUCUAAUCUGGAUCCAAAAAUCAGCCGGUCAGCAGAGGUCAGAGCCAGUAAAUUAGGUCAAGCUAAUCAUAAUCUGCAAGAUCAUCUCUGUGGUCGGGAAUAGAAGAUGAACGCUGCGUGAGUCAGUAAAUGUUUGGGAUUCUUAUAAACUCAGCAUUUUCUUCUUAGUAAUCAAAUACUGGAAAGUUUUCAUGGUCAUAACGGCACGUUCACAUGUUUCCUAAUAACCCUGGCUCCACUUAAAGAGAAAUAAAGUUACUACAAUGAAUCAUCAUUACAAUAAAAUAAUCUAUCAGGAUUGAGUUUAUAGCAAUACUGUUUCUAAAAUGUAAGAUCUAACAUCAACUUUCAUCUGUUUGUAGUUUUUAUUAAACAAGUCAAGUUCCCCCUUGAGUUCAAGUUUAAAGAGAACUUAAACUUUUUUCUGGAGCUGAAAAAAAAACAUUUUUAUGCUAAUUUAAAAAAGAGUUUUGUUUUCUGUCAAUUUUAUUAAAAGUAUACACUGUUUCUUAAAGUAGCUCUUCCUUUGUUGCUUCAUGAUUGUCACGGUUUACUAACGUUUGAAGCUUGUCUGUGGCGCCCUCUAGCGGCAGUCCGCUGACAUUACAGCAUUUCUAAAAACAAAGCUGGAAUAAUCAAAUGAUGAAACUCUGAUGAUGAAAUAAUCUACAAAGCACAUCAAAUUAGGAAUAUUUCCCAUCUUGAUGAAAAACUUUAUAGAUAUUAAAGAAAAAUUGGAUCCUGCUGUUCUGUUUUCAACAUCUGGAAAAGUUUAACUUCUUCAUCUGAUGAAGAGUUUAACAUCUUGUAAAUACUCUGACCAGGAAAAAGUCUGGACUAGACUGAGCUGCAAACGACCAUGAUUUCCUUCUGGUAAAGAAACAUAGAAGAAAUGUAAAAAAUGCUUAGAAAAGAUCUGCAAGUCUGAAGAUCAAUACUUUAUAUUUGAAAUCAAUUCAGUUUAUUUCUAUAGUGCCAAAUCACAACAAAUGUUGUCUCAAGUCACUUUACAGAAAAAAUAAUUCCAGUUGAUUACUAGCUAUCAAUCAGUGCAAUAUGUUCAGUUUGUUAUUGAAAUUAGUUUAAAAUGUUUUUAAGGAAACUCGGCAGAGCAUCGAGUCGUUGACUAGCAGCGUUCACUCCUCCUGGCCAGCAGGGGGCGACAGCAGACAAAAGUUUGUAUCGACUUUACAUCAAUGCCUCAUACUAAGCAUGCAUGUAGCAACAAUGGAGAGAAAAAACUCCCCUUUAACAGUAAAAAGCCUCUAACAGAACCAGAACCUGGAUCAGUACCAGCUGCCGUCUGCCAUGACUGACUGGAGGUUUGAAACGACAGAGCAGAGAAACGGAAGAACUGAACCAGGAUUAUUUUCUAUGUUCAUAAAAAGUAAAAAGUUUAAACCAAAACAUGUUGAAUCUACAGGAGUCGGUCACUGUUGAACUUUGAAUGGUGUCAAUCCUGAAGGACAAAGUUAGUUAAUGUUGGCUAAAAAACAAUACAGCACUCCAAAUGUUAUAACUGAUGAGAUGUGAGAAAAGACAGGCAGGAAGCUGAUGUUUGGAGAUAGUAGCAUUAGCACACACUGAAACCCUACGAGCUUUGGAGACGUUCCUCCUCUGCAGCUCAAUGUUUGCCACAGUCAGCAAAACUUUCAUCACUGAACCAAUCAGAAGACCCAGAAAUACAAAUAAACACGUCUCUCUGCAUAAACGUACCAUCACAAACAGUGGCAGGAGGUUCACAGACAGUAGCCCUCCCCCCAAACACACACACUCACACCCCCACACACACACACUCACACAGAUUCAUCAUAAAGCCAAAGUAUUCACUGCAAAAGAAAACCACAUCAAAGCCCACAAAGCUUUGAUUUAUCAGACUGGAACAAAAACGUGAUCCAUGUUUCAUCAAGGCUCUACAGGAACCCCCCCCCCCCCCCCCCCCCCCCCCUCCACACACACACACACACACACACACGCACACAGUGAGCAUGCCAGGUUACUGCCUGUUUGAACAGAGAGUUUUUACCUCAGUGAAUCUGAGUUUUCAUCUCAGCAGUUUAACCCAAAUGAUUCAGAACCCUCAGAGAUUCAGGAUGUUUCCCUCCUGCUGGUCCGGUUGACUCGGUUCUAUUAGGAUCAAACUUCAUCAUCUGCUCCACCUCCAGCUGCUGUGGUUCUCUUUCUCUCUGCUGAGUCAAACCAACCUG